GACAGACCUGACAGAAUCAUGUCUUGUCUUUCCCAAGCAGACUGCGCCGUAAACAGUGGCCAUCUCUAUAGUUCACUGUCUUUAUGAAGCGUUGGUAAAAAAUCUAACAGGGAGCUGACAGCAGACGCGCACUUUAAAGAAACUGGGGCUUUUCCCCUUUAACAAAAAGGCUAAAAUACCCAGGGCUUGAGCAAUCAUCUUUGACUCCCUAAGCAAAGCUGGUUCAUGUCAGGACACAGUUUCAGUUUCUAUUUCCCAGAUCCCCUGAAAAUACAGGAAAGGGAGGAGAGGGCUUCUCUGCUGGGAGAAAGUCCGGAGGAAUCUGGGAAAUUCCUCCUGCUCAACUCAGCUCAGCUGAGGUCACAAAUUCUGCUAUUUAGUUCAAGCCCUCAAUGACUGAGUCAUCGGGCAAGGAGCAUGGUUUCGAUUUCGGUUCGCUUUAUAGCAAUUUGUGUUUGGGUGGUUGUUGCUUUGCCAUUUCUAACAGUGGCUGCUCCAAGGAGCCUGGAGCAGUAGGAAGCUCAGCGAACGAACCAAGUUGGCUGAGGACCGUCCCUGUUGCAGACCAGCGCCUGGAGCGCCACCUGGAGGCCCAAGCGUGCACGUACUGCUUUUCUUGGAUCUUCAACUCCUGACGUGAGAGGCUAUGAGCACGUCCCAUCCUUGGUGGUGAGAGCUUGGGAAGGAAACCCUAUCUGGGCACUGCGACCUCUGAGUGGACCAUGGAGGCACCCAUUUGCCUGGUGCAAAACUGGAACGAGCAGCUGACAGUAAAUCUGGAGGCCAUAAGGAUUCUUGAGCAGAUAGCACAGCCUCUGGUGGUAGUGGCCAUUGUUGGUUUAUGUCGUACAGGGAAGUCCUACCUCAUGAAUCGUCUUGCAGGACAGAACCACGGCUUCUCCUUGGGCUCCACGGUACAGUCCAAAACCAAGGGCAUCUGGAUGUGGUGUGUGCCCCAUCCCACCAAGCCAAACCACACCCUGGUCCUUUUGGACACCGAGGGCCUUGGUGAUGUGGAAAAGGGUGACCCUAAGAAUGACUCCUGGAUUUUUGCCCUGGCCGUGCUUCUGAGCAGCACCUUUGUCUACAACAGCAUGAGCACCAUCAACCAGCAGGCCCUGGAGCAGCUGCACUAUGUGACUGAAUUAACACAGCUAAUCCGGGCAAAAUCGAGCCCCAGAGAGGAUAAAGUGGAGGACUCCAGUGAGUUCGUCAGUUUCUUCCCAGACUUUAUCUGGACCGUUCGAGAUUUUGUUCUGGAACUGAAGUUAGAUGGUCGGCCCAUUACAGAAGAUGAGUACCUGGAGAAUGCCCUGAAGCUGAUCCCAGGAAACAAUCCCAAAGUCCAAAAGUCCAACAUGACCCGAGAAUGUGUCAGAUAUUUUUUUCCAGUGCGGAAGUGCUUUGUCUUUGACAGGCCUGUAAGCGACAAAAGUUUAUUAUCCCAAAUUGACAACGUUCCAGAUAACCAGCUGGAAUGGAGUUUCCAAGUUGAAUCAGAAAAAUUCUGUUCCUACAUCUUUGCCAAUGGCAAGACCAAGACUCUGAGAGGGGGAGUCAUUGUCACAGGAAAUCGGCUGGGGACUUUGGUGCAGACCUACAUGGAUGCCAUCAACAGUGGGACUGUGCCAUGUUUGGAGAAUGCAGUGACGACCCUGGCCCAGCGUGAGAACUCCAUAGCUGUGCAGAAGGCAGCUGAGCACUACAGUGAGCAGAUGGCCCAGCGAGUGAGGCUCCCCACAGCCACGCUCCAGGAGCUGCUGGAUGAGCAUGCAGCCUGUGAGAAGGAAGCCAUAGCUGUCUUCAUGGAGCACUCCUUCAAGGAUGAUGAGCGGGAGUUCCAGAAGAGGCUGGUGGCCACCAUAGAGGAAAGGAAGGAGGCGUUCAUGCUGCAGAACGAAGCAGCAUCCAUCCGUCACUGCCAGGCUGAGCUGGCGAAGCUCUCGGAGUUCCUGAGGGAGAGCAUCUCGAGUGGAGCUUUCUCUGUCCCUGGGGGGCACGGCCUCUACGUAGAAGCCAGGAAGAAGGUUGAGCUGGGCUACGAGCAAGUGUUGAGGAAGGGAGUAAAGGCAAAAGAGGUUCUCCAGAGUUUCCUGCAGUCACAGGCUAUUAUGGAAGAGUCCAUCCUGCAGUCAGACAAAGCUCUUACAGACACAGAGAGAGCCAUAGCAGCUGAGCGGACAAAGAAGGAGGUGGCUGAGAAGGAACGAGACCUCCUGAGGCAGAGACAGAAGGAGCAAGAGCAAGUGAUGGAGGCUCAGGAGAGAAGCUUCCAAGAAAACAUUGCUAAACUUCAGGAGAAGAUGGAGAGAGAAAGGGUGAUGCUGCUGAGGGAGCAGGAGAAGAUGCUGGAGCACAAGCUGAAGAUCCAAGAAGAACUGCUGAUUGAAGGAUUCAGAAAGAAAUCUGAUAUGUUAAAGAAUGAAAUAAGUCAACUGAGAGAAGAAAUGGAAAGAACAAGAAAGAAACCCUCACUGUUUGCUCAUGUCCUUGACACAGUUGGCAAUGCAUUCAUUAUGAUUUUACCAGGAGCUGGUAAACUAUGUGGCGCGGGCCUGAAAGUCCUCGGCUCACUGGUGAAGUAGUCCUAAGAGUCUCUGGGAAGGAAUUUAUAAAAACCAGGCUUCUAUUAUCUUGACACCAAAUUCUUUGCCUUGAUUUUUAAAUACACAUCCUAGUUUAUUACCCAGUGUUACGCAGCAGUUCAGAACCCCCAUUAAGAGCUAAGUGACCAGGUACUGCUUUGUUGGAUUGGAGUUGUGUCAGUUCAUUCCCAGUUAUAUUCAAGGUUAAAGAUACAAACCAAUGAUUGAAGAAUGUAAACGUCUGUCAUCUAUAAAUCCCACCAAAUUUCAUUGACAUAAUCUAAAUAAUAAAGAAGGAAACCAUUCAGAAUAUAGUGAAAUUAUUUCUAGAAAAGAUGUAAGUAAAUCAAACAGAAACAUGGCCAAAUGGAGACACAUUGGAAAUUGUAUCUCAGCCGCACAUUACUGAUAAUUUGUUACAAAGAGCUCUUAUAAAAACCAACAAAUGGGUUUUCAUAGGAUAAAGUAUGAGAAAAAUGUUUGAUUGAUAAUAAAGAGCUGUGCAGAUUAAAAUAA